AGUGUUGUUAUAAUAAAUAGUGUACGUAACGUAAAAAAAUACACUAUGGUUGUUGCACAUUUGUGUAUGUUAUUCUAAAUUAAUAUUAAUAACUCGAUGAUAUAGUAAAAAAAACAAAAAAAACAGAUAUGAAAAGUGAAACAUUUUGGAAACGUCGUUUUGGCCGAUCAAAAUCUAAAUAUAUGUUAUUAUGUGUACUUAUAUUUAGUAUUAUAUUUUUCGUGCAACAAAUAUUUUAUCUCAAACAAUUGAACAAUGUGACCGUUGCAGUAGGUAAAUUAAUAACCGGUUCGGUACAAACAUCAAAUUACAUUUUAGCAAAUGGAAAUAUACGUUCAAAAUGGAACGAAUCAAAAUAUUCUAAAUUAAUACGUGAUAAAAAUGGUCGUACGGUUUCUUUACGUGGUACACGUAAUGAAGACAUUAUCAAAUAUCUUCCAAACGCUAGAGACAAAUUUGUCUGUUUUUCUUCCAAACGAGAAAUAGAUUUUAUACAAAUAAAUGACGAUUAUUGUGAUUGUCCAUUAGAUGGUAGCGAUGAACCAGGUACAAAUGCAUGCAACAAUGGUACAUUUUAUUGUGAAGAAUCAUCAUUGAAAUUUAAAGGAAAAAUUCCAUCAUAUAAGGUUAAUGAUGGUUAUUGCGAUUGUUGCGAUGGUUCAGAUGAAUGGGCAGAAAUUUUAUUAUUACAUGUGCCUAAUGAAUCAAAAAGUAUUACUUAUCGCCAAACAAAAUGUACAAAUAAUUGUUAAUAGAAAUAGUCUUUUCGUCUGAAAUAUUUUUCAUGGAAUUUAAGACUAUUUGCAUUGUACAUAAAAAAGAAGAUAUGUGGACAAAACAAAACAAAACAAAACAAAACAAAA